AUGUACACGUUACAACAAAUGCCAAUCAAUCCAAAAACAAUAUCUCGAAGAAUGUACACGAAAUUACCAUUCCCAUUGGAGUUUCACAUUCACAUUUUUGACUUACAAAAUCCGGAGGAAGUUCAAAACGGUGGAAAACCACACUUCAAAGAUAUUGGACCUUAUGUUUUUCACGAAUACCUUUUAAAACAUGAUACGAUUGACGAUGAGGAAAAUGAUACACUUCAGUUCACAAUGCGAAAAACAUGGAUUUUCAAGCCAAAAUUAAGCAAAGGAUUAACCGGAGAAGAAAUUAUCACAACAGUACACCCAGUUUUAAACUCACUUGCGCUGGCUGUGAAUGUAGAUCGAAAAGCAUUGCUUCCAAUGAUUUCGGAUGUCAUACAAAUAAUGUUCGAACCAACAUCUCCAUUUUGGACGGGCAGAGCAAUGGAUUUACUAUUUGAUGGAAUUCCGAUCGAUUGUUCUUCGAAUAAUUUCAAAGUAAAAGCAAUUUGUUCGGUUUUUGAAACGGGUGAUAAUCCAUCAAUUCAACCACUUACUGACGAUGGAAGCCAAUUUAAAUUCUCCUUGUUUGGUGCCUUUAACCACUCUUCAAAUGGCGUUUUCAAAGUAUCACGCGGUAAGAAAAUCAUGUCGGAUGUUGGUCGUGUACUUGAGGUUGAUGGCAAUUUAGAAGUGGAUGCUUGGUAUUCAGAUGAGGAAAAUCAAUUCAAAGGGACGGACGGUUAUUUUAUUCCACCAUUUCGAAGCAUUGAUGAUGAAAUUUGGGCAUUUGAACGUGCAUUAUGCAUAUCAUUAAACUUACAAUAUAAACAAAAAACCUACAAUCGUGGUGCUCCUUUGCGAACUUUUGGCCAAAACCUCGACCGAUUUGCAACAAACGAAGCAUAUUGCCGUGAAAAUGGCAGUUGUCCGAUACCAGGAACAUUGGACUUAUUUAAUUGCAUUGGCGUUCCCAUAAUCGCUACUUUGCCACACUUUUUGGAUACACAUCCAUCGUUGUUGGAACAUGUUCAAUCCGGAUUAAAGCCGAAUCGAAAAGACCACGAAAUUUUCGCCAGCAUUGAUUUAAAAACUGGUAUUCCAUUGCUGGGUGCAAAACGUUUGCAGCUCAACUUCGAAAUGGUUCCAAUACCAUUGGUAGAUGUCAUGAAAAAUUUGACGAGCAUGAUAUUCCCGUUUAUAUGGAUUGAAGAACGUUUUAAAUUGCCGGGAAUAUAUGUAGCUUUAUUGCAUUUAACUCUCAUCUCGAGUCAACGAUUAGUCAAAAUCAUAGAGUGGCUCUGUUUCACUCUAAUACCCAUCGCUGGGUUCGCCAGUUUGACAAUUCAUUAUUUGAUAAAAUUGGGACAAAUUACUGUGAUCGAUGAUUCGGCCAAAUCGAUGGGAAGAAAUGCCGUGAUUGAUGGCGCUAUUAAAAUGGUCAAUAAAAGAAAUCACAUUUCGCAUGGAUAA